AUGAACGUCCUUCGAAACCGUCUGCCGGCACCUAGGCAGGACUUGCUGUCAAAGCAGGCCCGCCAGCAGGGAGCCACAGACUCAACCUUUCAACCCUCGCGAAUCUCUGAGCUCUCCAAAGAGUCUCCUCCCUGGUACACGUCGGCGGCUCGACGACGGCUCUACUUCCUACUCUUCCCAGCUUGUGUUGUAUCGUAUGCAACAUCUGGAUACGAUGGAAGUAUGAUGAAUUCCCUGCAAACAGUCUCGUACUGGGAUGAUUUCUUCGAUAACCCACGAGGUUCUCAACUCGGCCUCAUGAGCGCCAUUAUGGCUCUCGGAAGUAUUUGCUCCACGCCCAUUGCCCCUUGGGUUGCCGAUAAAUUUGGUAGACGAUGGGGAAUCACUGUUGGGAGUAUUAUCAUGAUUGCAGGUGCCAUUCUUCAGUGUGAGAGUGUCAACUUUGCCAUGUUUGUUAUUAGUCGGUUCAUCUUGGGGUUCGGGCUCUCGUUCGCCACGACUGCGUCUCCGAGUAUGGUCAGUGAACUCUCCCACCCAAGGGAUAGAGUCACGGUCACUGCCAUCUGUAACACCUGUUGGUUUCUCGGUGCAAUUGCUGCCGCAUGGAUUACCUACGGAACUCGAGUGAUUCCAAGCACCUGGUCAUGGCGAAUCCCUUCCCUUCUACAGAUGGCUCCCAGCAUUAUUCAACUGUCAACUGUAUGGUUCCUCCCUGAGUCACCUCGAUGGCUCAUCUCGAACGACCGCGGCGAAGAGGCUCUUGAGGCCCUUACACGAUACCAUGGAGAAGGUGUUAGAACUGAAUUGGUAGAGUUGGAGUAUGAAGAAAUUCGAGCAGCUAUUGAACAAGAGAAGCUUUCUGGUAAUACGACUUGGAAGUCUAUGGUUAGUACCAGCGGUAACCGAUAUCGGAUGUUCCUUGUCGCCUGUAUGGGUCUUAUGUCUCAAUGGUCUGGCAACGGACUCAUUUCUUACUAUUUGUCUCGGGUCAUGGACACGGUCGGAAUUACGGAUAAGAAAACUCAGGCUCUUGUCAACGGCCUCAUCAACAUCUGGAACUGGGCACUCGCUCUGACCAGCGCCCUUUUCGUCGAUCGUGUCGGCCGCCGCCCACUCUUCCGAAUUUCUACAAUUGGUAUGCUCUUGGUCUUCACAGGAUGGACCAUUGCCUCGGCACGCUUUGCAGAAACAGAAGCCAAGUCUGCUGGUGUUGCCGUUAUGGCACUCAUCUUCGUCUACGAAAUCUUCUACUGCAUGGCCUUUUCUCCUCUCCCUGUUGCGUACUCGGUCGAGAUUCUUCCAUACUCAAUCCGUGCCAAAGGAAUGGGUGUUUACGUACUGGCAACAAAAUGUGCUGUCUUUGUCAAUCAAUACGUAAACCCAGUUGGCCUGCAGAACAUUGGAUGGAGAUACUACAUCGUCUAUGUUGCUGUUUUAAUCGUCGAAAGCUUCAUCGCAUAUGGCUGGUUCCUUGAGACCAAGGGGAAAGCCUUGGAGGAAAUCGCUGUUAUCUUUGACGGAGAUUCUGCGGAUGUUACCAGAGAUGGUAAUGCAAAGUCACAGGCUUUCAGCGGUGAAAUACCUACUGCUAUUGAGCAGGAAGAUGUUAAUCGAAAGGUUUAA